UGAAAAUCUUGAAAGGUGGAAACAUUUUCCGCUUAAGCGAAAAUAUGCCGACGGAGGCGAUUUGCUUCCUUUUCAAAAAAUGGAAUGGCAGUGAACUAACCAUGCAAUUGCAGGAGCUUUAUAAUUUCAUUAUAUGGCUUUGUGAUCACAAUAUUCCGCAUAAUCUAUUUAUGACCCGUCAUCGCAGUCCACUGAAAGAUGAAACUCUAAAAGUGUUUGUGUUUACACGGAAAUAUUUUUGCUAUAUUAAGGAAUUAAAUACUUAUAAUAUUGGGUUUUGCGAAAUGGCUGGCUACGUAACUGUUGGAGAUUUACACUUAUAUGAAAAUCUUACGGAGCGACAGGUGCUUUCCAAAAUUCAAGAUGUAACUGGAAAUGUCUACAAACCAAUUUACGAGUAUUUCGAAAAUUAAAUGAAAUUGAGGUAGGUUCUGCAAUUCACUUCCAAGUGAAUUUCAGCAACAUUUAAUUUGAAUUCAAAGCGACUAGUUAAAAUACACUCGGAAGUGAGUUACAGAACCUGCCCAAAUCUGGCAACUACAACAAUAUUAGAUAAGUAGAAUUUAUCAGGAUAUCCUAAUGGUCUGAUUAUGCACACUUCGCACAACUUCGCAUAAACUUCAAACUGUAAUUUCGUAUGUACUUUGCACGUAUUUUGUUUGUAUUCCAUCACCCAAAAAUUAGCAGAACAUUCAAAAACUUAGCAAUCUGUUGAGUUUAGAUUUUGCUUCACAUUUUCUUAAGUUGCAUUUUUUGCCCUGGUGUUGUUGUUUUGGACCUAUAAACCAUGGAUAACUAGAGCUCUGAGAGCGCGCCCAGGAACUCGUUUUCGUACUUGGCGGCACUGCCAAUCCCUGGGCAGAUAAACACCUGACACGCGAAGUGGCGAGCUACCACUAAAUGUGUGGAAAAUGCAUCACAUUGAAUUCAGGGGAUUUCUUCUUCCCGCAUUCUUUAAUAUUACUAAAAAGCAGUAUUUGCAACAUAAACAGUGAAAUAUAAAAUAGAUAUGAAGAAUAUUGCAACUUUUGUUCGUUGUGUUUAAUCAAAAGUUUCUCCAUAAUUUUCUCUAUAAAUGCCCAUACAUGUUUUCAUCACAGUGGCUCUACCGGAUAAUGUUAUAAAAAAUACACACUUUGACAGCGCUCUCGAGAAAAAGAAUUUCAUAUCUAGUUAUCCAUGCUAUAAACAUUAUAAAAAAAUCGCGAAAACACAACAAUUAAGAAAAUUCACUUAUAAUGAUUUUUACAAUCAUCCACAGUAAUUUUCAUUUACAUUUUUUGUAAAAUUUUAUUAUUUAAACCCACGAAAAUAACAAUUGAAAGGUUCCCGCCAACAAAUUUGCAACUUUCAAAAACGUAACUACGAUAGAAAUGUAGAAUAGCAAGAAUCGAAAAAUUCGAACAUUGAUCGAAUAACCCAAAAAAUGUGCAAGAGAGCCCUGAAUCGAGAGCCUAAUAACAGGGGAGAGCUGCAAAUUCUUGCUCGUGAAAUUUUUACUAGCAAAAGUUGCGAUCCCGUACGAGGCCGGACUAGUCAGAAUCAGUCAGAUUUUACUGGAAAUCGAUCCCGUACUCGGUUCUCUGACUUGAGAAGACAAAAAAGAGAGUUAAUACGGUUUUCUCUCCGUCAGAAGUUACCAGUUUUAGUCCGACAAUUUUUUCCUGGUAAAUGUGUCAAACGAUCGGCUGUAGUGUGUUUGGCAACCAAAUUGUAAACAAAAGAAAAGUGCACUCUGCUAAUUCAUGUUGAAAAGUAUUUAAUUACUUGUUACUAAGUGGAUUCUAAUGAAUUUGAAAGUAUUUUUGGUUAUUUACAUGUGUGAGCUGAGUGUGUUUACAUACAAAAUAAGCAAGAAUUUACAGCCAAAAUUUGGAGGUUAUGUUGAAGUUGACAGAAGUUACAAUUUUUUACUAGAAAGCGAUCCACUUUUCAAUGUUCCCUCUCCCUCUGAGCGAAUUUUGAUUUUUUGACAGCUUUACUAGUUUUAGUCCUAGAAAUUAGCUAGCAGAAGAAUAAUGAAUGUCAUAAGCUGUAAUUUGUUGAAUUGGUUAAGCGUAAACAAAAGUAAAAUGAGAGGAAAUUAAAAUCUUAAUGAUGCUACUGGACUUUUUAAGUGCUGUAAGUGCUGUGUAAAGCAGAGUUUAAAA